AUGCAGCAGCCUGAUUCGUCGACUCACGUCAUCCUAAGAGGGCCUGUCGUGAAGGCGCUGGUACCAGCCACGGCAGCAGUAAGACCGCCCUCAUGCACAGCAACAGCAGCAGAAGAGGCAGAUGAUGAGGAAACUCCAGAGGAUGCAACACAUGAGAAAGCUCCAGAGGAUGCAACUCAUGAGGAAGCAGCUUCCUAUUUGUCUGUGCAAAGCCUUGAGGCUGAAUUUCUACCGAUACUAUUCCGUUUCAAGUUAGAGCCGGUAUUGGGACCUGCAGUUCAGCCGACUCUCUCUCGCUUGCAGCAGAAUCAUCUGUUCGCAACUGCCGCUGAAGCAGCGGGCAGCUAUUCAUCAUCAGAGGCAAGCCGUCGAGCACUACCAGCAACUGCACUUCGCUGUUCGCCAGCGCCCUUAUGGCCAGAAGAAACGGCUGCUGCAUUUGCAGCUGCAGAGCGCAUGUUGCAACCGCAGCUCGGAAGAAGCAGCAGUAUUCAGCAGCCGACACACACCUCCCCAUCUCCCAUGGAGUGCUUUCCUUCCAGGUCCAAACGAGGUGGCUAUACACUGCGAAGCUCCGCCAUCACCAUUAAGAGCAGCGCUAGCAUGAGUGCCUUGCCGCACCCAGAAGCAGCCAGGAAACUGCUUUUUGGAGUGCUUGUUGCUGCCUGGUUUUUGCCGCAGCAGCCAGCCUGCGAGCUGUACGGGUUGUCACGCCCAAGCCAGAGAAUGAUGAGCCAGACGAUCGGAUUCCAUCCUUUAGAGGCGCCUAUGGAAAGCCCCAAAUACCCACCAGCACCAGCGGGUUCAGAGAGGGCCCCUUGCGGAAGCCUCGCGUGCAGCGGCGCUGCCGUUCCUACUGCCGUCCUUCUCCUUGAAAACGGCGGCAAAAAGAAAGAAGGUGUUACUCAAAUCGACAAGGCAGCGGAACGGGCAGGCAGAGGCGGCAGAAACGUUGAAGGCAGCAUGUUGCCUCUAUGUGCUUCCAACGCAGCAGCUGCAUGGGCGGCUCUGCUGGAAAACGGCGCGCGAGCAGAUGGAAGGAAACAAACGGAGAGGCGCCAAACACACAUUAAAUUCUUAGAAACAAAUGGCAGCACAGAAGUUUCCAUCGGCCGUACGCGAGUCUGCUGUCAGUUGACAGCUGCUCCUGUUAGGGUGUUGCAGCAGCAGCAGUCUGUCGCCGCAGCAGAUGGUUGUGUUUCUGUGCGUGUUGCCUUCUCCCCCUCCAUUGAAGCCACGACAGCAGCGGCGGCAGCAGCCCCCGCAGCAGCAGCGGAUGCAGCGUGCAAGAAGCAGCAGCAGCAUGCGAAGCAGCAAGAGCGGCAGAUCGAGUUAAUCGUCAAGCGCCUCCUCAGGGAGGGGGGUGUGGUUUCUGGAGAGGCUUUGGCCAUAGCUGCCGGCAAAUGGACUUGGCAGUUGACUGCCUGUCUGACGGUGUUGGCAGAGGACGGCACCACUACCGAUGCAUGCAUCAUCGCUCUCCUCGCGUCUCUGCUUUCAUUCAAGCUCUGCCGUAUUGACAGCCGAACUUUGGAUGUGCUGCAGCAGCAGCAAGGGCCUCGAAAAUACCAGCAGCAGCUGCAGCACCUGGAGCUCCUCCCUCUGUGUCUUCUUCACAAGCCACUGGCACUAACCUUCGCAUAUGCUACUGAAUCCGUGGGGGCGGAUAGCGGAGAGGCCGAUGCAGCAGAGGGAUUUGGAGGCGAGGAGCAUGACUUGCAACAGCAGCAGCCGCAGCAGCAGCAGCCGCAGCAGCAGCAGUUUCGCUUUGUAGCCGAUCCAACAGCACUUGAAGAGGCCAUUCUUCCUGGCAAAGCCGCAGAAGAGUCGAUGCCGCAGGUUUUUAGUUGCCUUUACAAGGCCCUUCAGGCGCACCAGCAGCACCAGCAGCAAAACAAAAGGCUCAAUGCGCGUAGCAGAUAUGCCGACGCUCCAAUUGAAUUGCAUGCUCCGGAAGCUCAUGCGCUGCCGCUACCUGCAGCAGCCGCUGCAGCAGCUGCUGCCGCUGAUCUGGGAGGCUUUCCUAUUGUUGCAGGGGUGGAUUUAGUUUCACUAUUGCCGUCACCCCCCCCGCUGCAGCAGCUAAGAACGGAGGAGUUAACACCAACAAAAGCAACAACGCACGCUACCAGCGUUGCCUCCAACUCUGCUGCCGCUGGCAAGGAGGAUGCGGCAGGUUCAAAGGCAAACGCAAGCGGCCUCGUUGAAGGUAACUGCCCUCCUGCAGCAGGAGCUGCCGCAGUCGAAAAUGAUAGUGCCCAUGAGCACCAGCAGCAUCAGCAGCAACAACAGCAACAACAGCAACAGCAUGAGCACCAGAAGCAUCAGCAACAGCAACAACAACAGCAUGAGCACCAGCAGCAGCAGCGGAAGCAGCAGCAACAACUGGAUGAUGAUGACUGCGAUUUCGCGAGUGCUGUGACGGCACGAAUGAAAAAAGGAAAACGAGCGCGGGUUUAG